AUGGUUUUUAUACCCAAAGGAAAGAGAGCAAAACGGUGCCGUUUCAGCGGGGUAGCUGAAGUCGGAGAGUCCAGGCCGAAACGGCGUCGUUUUGAGCAAGCUCCACAAGCACCAAACGGGAGCGUCAUUGCCGAUUUCCUUGCAGAUCGAGCUAAUGAAGAUUAUGAAUCUGUAAGUUUCGAUUUUCCAGAUGAAGAUUUGAUGGUCGUCUUGCAUGUAGAAGAGGUUGGUCCCAAUGAACUUAAUCCAUGGAAGGUGUAUUUUGACGGAGCAUCCAAUGCUUUGGGGCACGGAAUUGGGGCAGUGUUGAUUUCUCCAAAUGGAAAGUACUAUCCAGCUACGGCGAGAUUGAAUUUCAAUUGUACUAACAAUAUGACGGAGUAUGAGGCAUUGGUAAUGGGAUUACAAGUAGCAAUUGAGAUGAAGGCUGACGCGAUAGAUGUUUACGGAGAUUCGGCUUUAGUGAUAUGUCAAAUGAGAGGCGAAUGGGAAACUAGAGAUUCUAAACUAGUUCCAUAUAAAAAGCUGGUUACAGAAUUAAGCAAACAGUUCAAAGAAAUCAGCUUCAACCAUUUGCCUCGAGAAGAGAAUCAGAUUGCUGAUGCUUUGGCCACCCUCGCAGCGAUGUUCAAAAUAAAAGAGGCGGCCGAUGUACGCCCUUUUGAUUUAGAAGUCUGUGAAGUCUCCGCACACUGCUUGAAUGUUGAAGAAGAGGUUGAUGGUAAGCCGUGGUAUCAUGAUAUCAUGCAAUACAUCAAGCACCAAGCAUAUCCUGAGAAUGUCACGGAUAAUGACAAGCGAACUCUUCGAAGAUUAGCAAUGGGUUUCUUCCUUAGCGGAGAAGUGCUCUAUAAAAGGAGUUGA